UACACGCGUCCUCACUAUUGACCUUGAUUAACGACCUCGUAAUAAUCACACGACCACUCGUCACUCUAAAAUAGCGUACAAGGUACCCGCCGAUAUCUAGGCUUCAUUCCUCAGUCGACGAUGGCGUCCGCAUCAGGGAGUGUACACCGCGAACCGGUGGUCAGGAAUCUGUGUAAACUACAGGAGUUGGCCACAAAACAUGGCGUACCCGAGGAAGUCAAACAGCAGAUUGAUCACUGUCUCCGCGUUGUACACGCACGCGAUGAGUACUGUGACAAGAUGUCGUCUGCGGCCAGUGAACACGUGACGAGUCUGAUCGAGCAAACCGAAAGCCAUCCGUGGAAGGACUUACAUCAGGCCGGAACAAUCCCUUUCCUGGGUUCCGGGAUGGUUUCCGGGAAAUUAGAAGGCAAUUUUCUGAAGACUCUCAUAAGUAUGAGCAAUGCAAAAAAGGUGCUAGAAUUGGGCCUGUUUACCGGAUGUGGCGCACUGACAAUAGCGGAAGCGCUUCCGGUAGAUGGCAGUGUGACGUCGUGUGAAAUAGUGCCAUAUGUGCAAGACCUUGCUCGAACCUUUGUGGACAAAUCUCCACACGGAAAGAAGGUCAUAAUAAAGGGAGGGCCGGCGUUGAAGUCAAUUGAAGAAAUGGCUGAUGCUGGAGAAAAAUUUGACCUAGUUUUUAUUGAUGCGGAUAAAGACAACUAUCUGAACUACUACAAGGUAAUCAUGGACAAGGAUAUGUUGACGGCCCGGGGAACGAUCCUAGCGGACAACACGCUGUUCCAAGGCUCGGCGUACUGUGAUGAUCACAGGAAUGAAAGGGCGGCCGUUAUGGGGAAAGCCAUUCGGGAAUUUAACGAGUUUGUAACCCAGGACAAACGGGUGUACCAGGUAAUCGUCCCUAUAAGAGACGGGGUGACGAUGAUACGGCGGUGCUCGGACGUGGAGGGAACUGUUUAAAACAUCUGCGAUCGGAAUGAGGAGACAGUGGUUGUACGUUGAUGUGUGACUCGGUCUGACUGAUUCAGAUGUGAAUAUUUUUAUACUGAUGAUACAAUGGCUACUAAACUGGCCUCGACACAGCUACAGGAUAUUUCACUCAGAGUGACAUUUAAGCAGCUGUCUGAUUCAGACGAAUUGGUGUGGUAUUAUUUAACAAAACUGAAAGUUUACAAUAUGUUAUAAAGUUAUAAGUCUAAGAAGAAUAUUUAGAUAUCGAUGAAAGAACACAAAUAAUCAAAGAAUAGCUCUUGUACUCUGGGCCCCAUCGUCUCUGUAAAACACAAGGAUUGUAUUCAUGCUAAAGUGGACCAAUAUUUUGUGUAUAGUUCAAAACGACAAUUCCGCAUCUUAACAAUGUUUGUUAUGAAUAAACUACUUUUGAAUGAU